CGCAGAGCCAUUCGAUGGAGGAUGAGGUAGCCAUGUUGUAGCAGUGAAGAGAUAGAGUUUGUGUCCAAGCACAAAGCGGAUAAAUUCGGAGUAGAACCGGUUCAGACAGCCUCGCAGUUCGGAGGGACCGUCCUCUCUGUUCCCUUAUCGGACUAGAACCUUCUAGAAGGCACCAUGAGCGGCGGAACGCCUUACCUGGGCAGUAAGAUCAGCCUGAUAUCCAAGGCCGAGAUCCGCUACGAAGGAAUCCUGUACACCAUCGACACCGAGAACUCUACUGUGGCUUUGGCUAAAGUCCGCUCCUUCGGUACCGAGGACCGGCCCACCGACCGGCCCAUCCCCCCUCGGGAUGAUACGUUUGAGUACAUCAUCUUCAGAGGCAGCGACAUUAAGGACCUGACAGUGUGUGAGCCGCCCAAACCCACCUGCUCUCUGCCCCAGGACCCGGCCAUCGUCCAGUCGUCAAUGAGCUCCAGCUCGUCUUCUGCUGCCGCCGCUCCGACACCCUUCCAGUCUGCAGGUUCUUACGGCCUCUUUAACCGGGCUCCUGUACCUGCCUACAACCAGUUCACCUCCAGCCCCCUGGUGUCCCCCCAGUUUGGACCAGUUGGUGUUGGACGCAGCAGCCCGAGUCUUGACCCUCUGAGGAAGAGCCCCACUCUGGACCAAGUGAUCCAAACCUCUCAGUCAGCCUCGACCACGGCCCCCUCCGCUCCGGCCCCCGGACACGGACGCAGGAGCCCCGCCCAUGGACGCACGGCCCCCUUGAUGGUGGGUCAGGGGGGUCAGAAGACGCAGCAGCAUGAUGGCGUGGACACAAGGAGAGUGGGCCCAGGGGGGCCGGCUAACCGGCGUGGACGAGGAGGUGGACACCGCGGCAGAGGGCGCUUCAACGUUCGCCGAGACGGACCAAUGAAGUUUGAGAAAGACUUUGACUUUGAGAGCGCCAAUGCCCAGUUCAACAAGGAGGAGAUCGACAGGGAGUUUCAGAGCAAGCUGAAGCUCAAAGAUGAGAAGACGGAGAAGUCUGAGAAGGCGGUGAACGGCGAGGAUAAAGGUGACUCUGGCGUUGAGACUCAGAACAGCGAGGGGAACGCCGACGACGAGUGUGACCCACUCGGCCCCAACUGUUACUACGACAAGUCCAAGUCAUUCUUCGACAACAUCUCCUGUGACGACAGCAGGAAAGCCAACGAGAAGUCUGGAGGAGCAGGAUUCCCACGGGAGCGGAGGCAGACCUGGGCGGAGGAGAGGAGGAUGAACGCAGAGACAUUCGGCAUCCCACUCCGUCAGGGACGAGGCCGUGGUGGUUAUCGUGGACGCGGCGGGAUGGGCUUCCGUGGAGGGCGGGGUCGCUCAAGCAGCCGAGGGUCCUUCGGGCCGCCACAGGGAGGCAGCGGUUUCAGGGGAGGAUACAGAGGAAACCAGGCCGGCCGCGAGUUCGCCGACCUCUCAGCAUACAGGAAGGACAACAAGGUGGCGGCGUAGUCCCGUGGCGGGCCGGUCCAGAGGAGCAGCGGUAGUUCUACGGUCGUCUCUAGUUUUUGUCACCAGCACUGAGGUGGACUGCUCCCACAGAGAAGGACCCAGACCGGCAGCUGGUCUCGGACCAGGACCGUCUGGUCUCGGACCAGGACCGUCUGGAUCCUGGAGGCUAAAGGACGUUGGCGUAGACUCACUCAUAGCUUUAUUUAUCCUCUCCUAGAUCACAGGCUGUCUGUAUUUUUCUACUCUCACUUAGAAACGGUGUGGUCUCCUCCUGUGCUCGUCUUUCUCACCUUUCUGUUCUCAGUCUGCCGUAAGCGUAGAGCCGUCUCCUCGCCGCCUCCUCGCCGUCAUGUUAAAACAUUCAGAGGUUAAACGUUAGUGUAGCGCUGCUGGAGGAUGCCACCUGUGGACACGCGUAGUUUCUAAAGCUCCCACACCUGUGGGAUUAAUUCAGGAUUUAUUCUCAGCAUCAGGACGAGACGAGAGCUACCACCACAGAGAUGAAGAGUCUGGAAUAUAAAUAAAUAUUUAAAUAGAAACAAGAAGGAUGAAAGAUUUGGUACUUUUAAAUUUCUAAUCUGAGGUAAUCAUACUGACAUGAAUGACCACAUCAAGGUUUCUGUUUUUACUGACAUGAGAAAUCAGAGGAGAGUUUCUGUACAUCAGUGUUGUCCAGCAGGGGGCAGCAUCAACACUUCCACUGAUAAUAAAGACGUUUUAAUGAGA